AUGUCUUUUGCAUUUAAGGCAUUGGCUUCUAAACGCGCCUUGUUGACUGGUUCAGCAAUCGCCACAACAGCGCUAUCUUAUAACUAUUUUACACAAACUCCAACAUCAAUUGUUUCAAAUGACGCUGAUUUACCUCCUUUAAUUCAAUCAAGACCAACUCCUCCAUCAAGAGAAGAAUUAUUGAAGAAAUUGGAAACUACUCCAAAUUUUGAUGUCUUAAUUAUUGGUGGUGGUGCUACUGGUACAGGUUCAGCCGUUGAUGCUGCUACAAGAGGUUUAAAUGUUGCUUUAGUUGAAAGAAAUGAUUUUGCAAGUGGUACUUCUUCAAAAUCAACAAAAAUGGCUCACGGUGGUGUUAGAUAUUUGGAAAAAGCUGUUUGGCAAUUUUCUAAAGCUCAAUUGGAUUUGGUUAUUGAAGCUUUAAAUGAACGUAAUAAUAUGAUUAAAACUGCUCCACAUUUAGUUACUGUUUUACCAAUUUUGAUUCCUGUUUAUACUUAUUGGCAAAUUCCUUAUUUCUACGUUGGUACAAAGAUGUAUGAUAUCUUUGCUGGUAGACAAAAUUUAAGAUCUUCAUAUUUGAUGGGUCAAGAAAAAACUUUAGCUUUUGCUCCAAACUUAGAUCCAACUCAUUUAAAAGCUGGUUUAGUUUAUCAUGAUGGUUCUUUCAAUGAUUCAAGAUUAAAUGCUUCUUUAGCUGUUACUGCUAUUGAAAAUGGUGCUACUGCUUUAAAUUAUGUUGAAGUUACUCAAUUAUUGAAAAAAGAUGGUAAAACCAUUGGUGCUUUAGCUAAAGAUCGUGAAACUGGUAAAGAAUAUACUAUUAAAGCUAAGACUGUUGUUAAUGCUACUGGUCCUUUCUCUGAUAUUAUUUUAGAUAUGGAUAAAGAUCCUCAAGGUAUUGCUCCAAAGGAAAUUCAAAAACCAAAAAUGGUUGUUCCUUCAUCCGGUGUUCACAUUGUCUUACCUGAAUAUUAUGCUCCAAAACAAUUGGGUAUUUUAGAUGCUUCAACUUCUGAUGGUCGUGUUAUGUUCUUUUUACCAUGGCAAGGUAAAGUUUUAGCUGGUACCACUGAUGUUCCAUUAGAUAAAGUUCCAGAAAACCCUGUUCCAACUGAAGCUGAUAUUCAAGAUAUUUUACAAGAAUUACAACAUUACAUUAGAUUCCCAGUUAAAAGAGAAGAUGUUCUUAGUGCAUGGUCAGGUAUUAGACCUUUAGUUAGAGAUCCAAGAAAGGCAAAUACUGGUGGUACUCAAAAUUUAGUUAGAAAUCAUUUAUUAUUUACUUCAGAAUCUGGUUUGAUUACAAUUUCAGGUGGUAAAUGGACAACAUAUAGAGAAAUGGCUGAAGAAACUAUUAAUGAAGUUGUUAAAAAUGGUCAAUUCCCAGUUAAAGGUUCAGUUACUAAGAAUUUAAUCUUGGCUGGUGGUGAAAACUAUGAAAAAACUUUAGCACCAAGAUUAGCACAAAAAUAUCAAAUUACUGGUGGUUUAGCUGAACAUUUAGCUGCUAAUUAUGGUACAAGAGCUCCAUUAAUUUUAGAACUUUAUAAACAAGAUGUUGAAAAUCAAGUUCCAGUUGCUCUUGCAGCAUCAAAAGAAUUAAGAUCAUUUGAAGCAUUUGAACAUCCAUUUUCAGUUGCAGAAUUGAAAUAUGGUAUUAAAUAUGAAUAUGUUCGUACUCCAGCUGAUUUCUUAGCAAGAAGAACAAGAUUAGCAUUUUUAGAUUCUAAAGCUGCACAAAGAUCAAUCGACGGUGUUGUUAAAGUUUUAGGUGAUGAAUUAAACUGGGAUGAAGCUAAAAGAGCAGAAGAAACUCAAAAAACUGUUGAAUUUGUCAAGACUUUCAAUUAA